CACCCCUCCCCUCGCUCCUUCUUGCUGUGCUUGCCCCUCCGCCUACCCCGUCCGUCCUGCUCUCAUUGUAGCUUUACCAUCCCUCCCCCACCCUUCUCUUUCAUCUCCUGACCAACACAUCCCCUCAAACAUUCAUAUCCUCUCACGUUGACCCAGCCUUGCUCUUGCGUCUAGCGCGCUAGGACGAAUCUGCUGACCUUCGUUGAGUACGCUGUACAUCGCUGGGCUCUCACUCAGACGUGGGCAGAAGGGAUUUUCGCGCACAAUGAUGAGAAGAAAACGAAGCGCUUUAUUUGCCGUCCUGUUUUCAAGUCUAGCACAUUUGGCGACUCCAGCAACCUUCAUUCCAAGGCCAGAGAUAGCUGAUCCUCACCUGCUAUUGAAUGUUUCAAGAGCUUUUUGGAUCACUGUGAAUGCGGCGAAAGAAACUCCUGAUUUGUGGCCAAGCGUUCGUACAGAAAGAUAUAUGGGGCUGCGUGGAAGUCAAAAUCUUUCCAAAUAUCUCACACCGAGAGCGAAGCAAAGCUUGCAGUUCGGGAGGGAAAGUGGCAAAGAACUUCCUUCAUGGAAUGCGGUAGCACUGUAUAUCAAUCAUGUAGAGCUUUGGAAGAAAAUAAGACCUGGGGAAACAGUCGUCAUUUUUGAAGAGGAUGCAGCAAUACAAUCAGGCAGUGUGGAAACGCUGAAACAACUAGACAAGAUUCGUGUUGCAAGUGGGAAUCAGAGCUGGUUCGCGGGUGAAAGAAUUUUUCUGACUCUGGAUGCUUUCGGAGUCAAGGAUUUUGGAUGCAAAUAUGAUCCUAUUGAUUUUCCCGAGAGCAAGUAUAUCAAGGAGUUAGCAUGUCAUCUUUGGUACGGGACAUCAUCGUACAUCAUCAAUUAUGGUGCCGCUCAAGAAUUGCUCGAAAGAGCAUUGCCAAUCGACAUGCAAAUCGAUGCUUACCUGGCGACUCAUGCUAUCAGCCAAGGUAGACUCAACGGGGGGAAAAUCAAUUUUGCACAAACUGCAGAAAGGCUUUACAAACAACAAUAUCUGAGUUCAGUUGUACAGAAAGUGGACGCUUAUGCAAUUUAUGACUGGAAGCAAGUGAUCCUGCUUUUGGUUCUGGGGACUGCCGUGCCAUGCUUUGGCAUCGGUUAUGCGGUGGGAUGGUACCUCAAAUCAAACUCGGGAUCGCCUAGGGAUGAUCUGAAGGUCAAGAUGUUGGAAUAUGCGCAGAAAUAAGGCUAGAAUGCUUUCAUCAUCGCAUCAUCGAAUUCUUCCACCUCUCAUGAAAUCUUAGUUUCUCUUCCCUCUACUAACAUUCAAGAUGCCCUUGCGGUUCCGGGUCCAAUCAAAUCGUUCUGAAUGUAAGCUAGCUUUUCUAUUCUUUUGAAAGUAAGAUUAUUCAAGAAC